UUUGUGUCCUGGGUUAAAUUUAGACCGGCAUCACAUUUUCGACCUCGGCUUAUCACGUGGAGCCAUUCUAAUGAGGAGUAAGCGGUUCCCUGGGAGCUACAGCCGGCUGGCCGAGGCACGGCCUCUCACUGCACUGAGAUCCACUCGGACCAUGCGGUGACCCUCGGGAUCAACCUCAAACCAUGAAGGCGUUGGCGGUCUGUGCUGGCACGGUCGGCAGUGUCAGAGCACUUUGGGAAGGAAGGAUUCAGCAAUUAAAAGAGGACCGAGAGAGAGAGAAAGAGUGGUCCAAAAGGAAGGGGCUGAAGGGGAUAACCGUGGUGUGGCAGGACCGAAUAAACCUGGCAAGACUGAAGGAGAAGGUGAUCACUGUAGGGGGAAGAGUUGUGCUGAAGAUCGAGAACGAAGCGUGGAAGUCACUACCAAAUGCAUUGCAACAAAUGAUGUAUUUACAAGAAUGGCAGAUCCACAGAACUGGCUUGGAAACAAUUCCUCCGAUUUGUUGGAACAUUUGAUAAUCUCUUGUGUUGGAUCUAUCACGAAAUUCAGAAGAGAUUCCAAGGGAAAUAGGACAACUGACCAAACUGCGGGAGCUGUAUGUCAGCUAUAACAGACUACAGCAAAUUCCUCAAGAGCUUGCAAGCUGCAAAAGCCUGGAGAAACUGGAUCUAGCUGUAAACAGAGAUCUCUGUGAUUUACCUAAACAGCUGUCACAACUGCAGAGGCUUUGCCAUCUCGACUUGUCCAUGAAUCGGUUCACUACUGUCCCCCUGGCUGUUCUGAACAUGCCCGCGCUGGAAUGGUUGGACAUGGGCAGCAACAAACUUCAGGAGCUUCCAGAUGAUGUGGCUAGAAUGGAAAAUCUGCACACGAUUUGGCUACAGAGGAAUGAAAUCACUCACUUGCCAGAGGCCAUUAGUAAAUUGAAAAAUCUCAGCACUCUGGUUCUAACAAGCAACAAGCUGCAGAAAAUCCCAAUUUGUAUGGAAGAAAUGAUCAAUUUAAGGUUUGUGAAUCUGAGAGACAAUCCACUUCAGCUAAAGGUAACAUUACCCGAAUCUGCAAGCCCAGCAGAAGAGGAAGACCGUGAAUUGUUUGGGAUAGAGUUUAUGCAAGCCUAUAUAAAGGAAUUAAAAAACAGCAACACAAACUUGUAACUCAGCAUUGUCUGUUACAACUGAGGAUGAAAUAUCUAACUAAAGUUAUGCUGUUACAGUCACAAAGCAAAUGCUGGAUUAAAAGAACAUAAUGC